CUGAUUUCUCCACUUGCAAUAAUAUUUGAUAGAUCAUCAUGUCUAGUAAAAAUAAGAAGGGAGGACCUAGUCAGGCCGAGCUUAUGGUUCGUACUUGUUCAGAAAUUGUAGCUGAACUUGUUGCAGCUGUUGAAGCAGGAAAGGAUGUUAAUUUGAAUGGAUUAAAAAACAGAAUGGCUCGUAAAAAUAAAUUAAAACAUCAACCAAAGCUUGUUGAAAUCAUUGCUGCUAUCCCUGAACAGCAUAAAGCAGCUUUACUUCCUAAAUUAAAGGCCAAGCCAAUUCGUACUGCUUCAGGUAUUGCAGUUGUAGCAGUGAUGUGUAAACCUCACCGUUGUCCUCACAUUGCAAUGACAGGAAAUAUUUGUGUCUAUUGUCCUGGUGGUCCGGAUUCUGAUUUUGAAUACUCAACACAGUCAUAUACAGGUUAUGAACCUACAUCUAUGCGUGCUAUUCGCGCACGUUAUGAUCCUUAUGAACAAGCUCGUGGACGUGUAGAUCAACUCAGAAGCUUAGGUCAUAGUGUAGAUAAGGUAGAAUAUAUUGUUAUGGGCGGUACAUUCAUGUCAUUACCCGAAGAUUAUAGAAAUUGGUUCAUUCAAAAUCUGCAUGAUGCCCUUUCUGGUCAUUCUAGUAAUGAUCUUGAUGAAGCUGUCAGAUAUUCACAACAAAGUCAAACAAAAUGUAUAGGUAUUACAAUUGAAACUCGCCCUGAUUAUUGUUUAAAGCCCCAUUUAAGUCAAAUGCUUCGAUAUGGUUGUACUCGUUUGGAAGUAGGUGUGCAGAGUGUUUAUGAAGAUGUUGCAAGAGAUACAAAUCGUGGCCAUACAGUAAAGGCGGUAACAGAAUGUUUCCAAAUGGCAAAGGAUGCAGGAUUUAAGGUUGUUUCACAUAUGAUGCCUGAUUUACCUAAUGUCGGUAUUGAAAGAGAUAUUGAACAGUUUAAAGAAUACUUUGAAAACCCUGCCUUUAGAUCUGAUGGCUUAAAGAUCUACCCUACCUUAGUUAUUCGUGGCACAGGUCUUUAUGAACUUUGGCGUACAAAGCGCUAUCAAAAUUAUACACCUAAUACGUUGGUUGAUCUUAUUGCCCGUAUCCUAGCUAUGGUGCCUCCAUGGACUCGUAUCUAUCGUGUACAGCGUGAUAUCCCUAUGCCACUUGUUACUUCUGGUGUCGAACAUGGUAAUUUGCGUGAACUUGCUUUAAACCGUAUGAAGGAUUUAGGUACUGAAUGUCGCGAUGUUCGUACAAGAGAAGUAGGCAUUACUGAAAUUCAUCAAAAGAUUAAACCUGAUCAAAUUGAAUUAAUUCGUCGUGAUUAUGUGGCUAAUGGUGGUUGGGAAACUUUCUUAUCUUAUGAGGACCCUCAGCAAGACAUUCUUGUUGGUUUAUUGCGUUUGAGAAAGUGCUCUCCUCAAACAUUCCGUCCUGAACUCACUUCAGCUGGCCCUACUUCUAUUGUGAGAGAAUUGCAUGUUUAUGGUUCAGUAGUACCCAUGCAUGAUCGUGACCCUACUAAAUUCCAACAUCAAGGUUUUGGUACUUUAUUAAUGGAAGAAGCUGAACGUAUUGCUAGAGAAGAACAUGGCAGUGUUAAAUUGAGCGUUAUUUCUGGUGUUGGUGUAAGACAUUAUUAUGCUAAGCUUGGAUAUCAUUUGGAUGGUCCAUACAUGUCUAAAAUGCUUGUUUAAAAAAAAAAUAUAAACUAUAUUCAUUAAUUAUCCCCUCCCUUCCCUCCCCUCCUCCUACUCCCAUAAAAAUGUAUAUAAAAAUGUCUUUAAAAGGUUUAAUUAUUUAAGAAUAAAAUUACAAAUUGUAUAUUCUUAUUUU